AUGGAUUUGACAUCAUCGCAACAUAAUCUUCUACAUAAUGAACUAAUAAGAAAAUUAGAAAGACAAGCAGGGGAAAAAGAAGAUGAACAGAUAGUUGCAGAAAUCAUGAGAAGACGUUUUUUUCCUACUGUUAUAACUCAUAAGGCUUGGGAAGGCUUUCACUUUGCUGGCCAUGAGAUAAGGAUUACAGAAGCCACUGACUGUUAUGGGGCAGUUGUCUGGCCAUCGGCUCUUGUUCUGUGUUAUUUUUUGGAAACCAAUGCUAAACAAUACAAUUUGGUUGACAAAAAUGUUAUUGAAAUUGGAGCUGGAACUGGGUUGGUCUCCAUCGUAGCCAGUUUAUUGGGUGCACUUGUGACUGCCACUGAUUUGCCAGAACUGCUGGGAAACCUUCAGCACAAUGUUCUCCAAAAUACUAAACUGAAAACCAAGCACCGGCCUUGUAUAAAGGAGUUGUCUUGGGGCAUUGAUCUGGAAAAGAACUUUCCCAGAGCUUCGUGUCACUUUGACUACAUUAUGGCUGCUGACGUAGUUUACCAUCAUCCCUUCCUGGAUGAGCUCCUGCUAACUUUUGAUCACUUGUGCAAGAAUGACACUGUUAUUCUGUGGGCUAUGAAAUUUAGGUUGGACGAGGAGAACCAAUUUGUGGGCAGAUUUCAGACACUGUUUGACUUAGAGGUGCUUUCUAAUUUUCCUAGUUUGAACAUUACCUUGUAUAAGGCAAUGAGGAAAGGCAGGAUGAAAGUCAGACCUUCCAAACUGUCCGUCUGA